AUGAGCGGUGCAGCGCGGCGGCGCUCCGCCGGCGCAGCAGCCAGCCCCGCCAGCCACCCCGUGGUGGCGGCGGCGGCGGCGGGUGAGGGCGUGCAGGGCGAGAUGCUCGAGCCCUCCACCUCCAACAAGCGCUGGGUGCGCCUGCUGGUGCUGUCAGCCACGGUUGCGGCGGCGGCGCGCGGCACCGCCUACCUGCCCACCGCCGGCGUGGCGUUUGUGCACCUGCUGGCCUAUGGCAUCUGGCUGGGCUCCCUGGUGUGGACCUCCUUUGUGGCGGGCAUCACGAUGAUCAGGCACCUGCCUCGCCAGACCUUCGGGCGCCUGCAGGCCCGCCUGUUCCCCAAGUACUUUGCCCUCAGCGCCGCCUGCACCGCCAUCCAGCUGGGCGUGCUGCUGUUUGCCGCCGCCGCCCCGCCCGCCAAGCAGCUGGUGCUUGUGGGCCUGGGCCUGGCCACCUCCCUGCUGAGCCUGCUGGUGGUGGAGCCGAUUACCACCAAGGUCAUGUUCCAGCGGUACGAGCUGGAAAGCGCGGCGGGGCCGCGGGACGAGGCCGCCAUCACCGCCCUGAAGAAGAGCUUUGGCAACUGGCACGGCAUCUCCUCGCUCAUCAACCUGGGCACGCUGAUCACAGCCAUCGGGCACGGCUGGUGGCUGGCCAGCAAGCUCGUCGGCAUCCUGGCCUGA